UGCUGUAACUGAGCCCUAGAAUAGAACAUUGCUUAUCUAGCGCUGCCGCUUCCUGCCUCCCUUUAAAAAGGGUUCAUGGUUUCAAAGUUUCUAGCAGUUCUAAUGCUUUUUAACGGGUGCCAGACUCUCUCUUAAAGUUUGUCUCAUACUUGGUCGUCAAUAUGAGGAUCCCACUUCUGAACUUCAUAUUUCUGGCACCUCAUUUUCUUCAAGUCAGUGGUAUCAUUUGCCCCUUCAGCUGCCACUGCUAUGAAAAUGUCGGUGUCUUCUGCACAGGCCAGGAGAUUACAACAAUGCCAUCAUUUUCUCCUCCUAUAACUUUUUUGAAGAUAGAGAAAACUCAGCUAAGUGAAUUGAAAGCCAAUAGUUUUAACAGUUUGCCUGACUUAUCACGACUCCAGAUAAGCAGAAACCCAUUGACAACCAUUGCUCCAGGAUCUUUUCAUGUUUUGCAACACUUGUUGUCGCUGAAGCUAUCAGACAAUCUGUACCAGCGGCUUCCAAAUGGAUUGUUUGACAAUCAAGUGGAUCUCCGUCAACUCUUCCUUGAUAAUAACAGAUUGGAAGACAUACAGUUGGGUAUGUUUGAUUCCCUGGUCAACCUGACUGAACUUGAUUUGAACUCCAACAGGCUCACAGACCUCCCUGAGAAAAUCUUUUGGAAACUUGGAAAACUAAGAGUCCUUAAUAUAGGGAAAAACCUGCUGAAAUCCCUUCCUGUGACCAUCUUUAAUCCACUGACCCAACUUCAAGAACUUCUGCUCUACCGAAAUCAGAUGACUGAAAUUCAAGGAGGGAUUUUCAACAACCUCAGCCAGCUCCUUGAACUUAAGCUCCACACCAACAACAUCCAACAAAUUGCACCCAUGGUCUUCUGGCAUUUAUCUAACUUAGUAAACCUAACAAUUUCCUCCAACCAACUAAGCCGUCUGCCCUCUGAGACUUUUUUCAACAUGCCCAACAUAUCUCUGUUAAACAUAUUCAAAAACCCACUUCUGGAGCUUCCAGAGCACCUGUUUGGAAGCAUGCCUAGACUCAAAGAACUAAUAUUGUACAACACCCAGCUUGAAACCAUUCCUGACAGUGUGUUCAUCAACCUGACUGGACUACAGAGUCUCUCCAUUACCUUAAACAAUCAUCUUACUGCAUUACCAAGGGGGUCCUUUAGUGGUCUGAGAACCCUUACCAGGCUGUCUCUGCACUCCAAUAAUCUACAAGCUUUAGAAGAAGGGAUCUUUUCAGACCUUGUGAACCUACAGAGCCUUGUACUUAAUAAGAACAAAUUACAAAACCUUCCAAGAGUUGUUUUCAAAGACCUGCCAAAACUUGCAAUGAUUAAUAUGGAAGAAAACCCUUGGUUUUGCAACUGUGACAUACUGGACUUUACAGAAUGGAUACGGAACAACUUUCAUAGGAUCCACAAUCCCAACCUUCUAAAUUGCUCUGAGCCGCUGUUCGUUAAGGACACACUUCUUUCAUCAGUGACUGCUGAUAGGCUUCAAUGUGGACUUUUUACCACCGACAGACCACAGUCCACCCCAUCUAAAGUACCAUUUGAAGAACUUGGCAAGACCACACCAGUAAGUGCUGACUGGACCUCUCCUCACUCAACUGCAGUGAGUGCUGACUGGACCCCCCCUCACUCAACUGCAGUGAGUGCUGACUGGACCUCCCCUCACUCAACUGCAGUGAGUUCUGACUGGACCCCCCCUCACUCAACUGCAGUGAGUUCUGACUGGACCCCUCCUCACUCAACUGCAGUGAGUGCUGACUGGAUGCCCCCUCACUCAACUGCAGUGAGUUCUGACUGGACCCCCCCUCACUCAACUGCAGUGAGUUCUGACUGGACCCCUCCUCACUCAACUGCAGUGAGUGCUGACUGGAUGCCCCCUCACUCAAAAGCAGUGAGUGCUGACUGGACCCCUCCUCACUCAACAGCAGUCGCAUCAUAUCCCACUGCCCCUGUUUCAACCAUUUCCCAGAACCAUUCAGCCAGCGAUGAAAACUUAUUAGAGUGGAGCGCAACAUUCACUUCCACGACUGCCAUCCCCGGGACGCAGCAUCCAUCGACUGCGAUUGCCGCCACGCCUGACGCAGUGACCCAAGUACCCACAGCUGGGUACCAGGCCAGGCUGAUUCUUAUGAUCCUGUCUGUAAAAGUUCCUUACUGCAGAAUAUACUCAUGUUUCCAUGCUGCCUUAGCAGCCUUACAGACUGUUCCUAUAAUAGGCGUGAUUUAUUUGCUGUACAAAAUGUGCCGAUUAACGCAGAGUCUAAAUUUUCUUGUUAGGCCUGUUGUUCUUGUGAGAAUCACCCAUGAAGCUGAAAGUAAGCCAAACAGCACAGAUGUUGAAAAACAAAUAUGAGCAUCAUUGAGUUAAUGUGUAAUUAAAACUGGCAUGGUACCAUGACAACACACAAAGAUUAGCUCAACGCUGAAUAUCACAUCAGGCAGCUCUUCCUGUAUACUGGAAACUAUUCUGUUUAUAUCUAAGCAGUUUUUAUUUGUAAAGCACAAUUGUUUAAAAACAUUAUCUCAGGGUUAAUCAUUUUAGAACUUUUAUAAAUAUUAUUAUUUGUGCUUAAAAAGCACAAUUUAAAGAAAGCUUCUCUAGAUUAUGGGGACUCCUAAGCUCUAUAAACACAAUGUUUUUAGAUUGAUUCAGCCAAAAGAAAUCCUGUAAUGUUUGGAAGCCCUAGAUGGAAAGAACAUUCAAAUAGUAUUAGGAACAUUCUUUUAAAGCUGGCUGCUCAGAAUAACAUCUACAACAUUCAACACUAUUGCUUCGUCGGCCUACAUCCUGCGUUUCUUCACGAGACAAAAACACAAUGUACCAUCGUUACCAGCAUUAUCCAUCACGUUCCAAACUUCAGGUUUUCUAGUAGUCCCUUAACUACAGUAUAAAAAUAGAUAGGAACAUUUCUGCAGCAAUAACAAUCAGCAACAAUCAGUUCCGCCUGAUUCUGGUCAAAUGAGAAGUGUCAUUGUAUUGUAACAAGCUAAAGUGACCUUUCACUAAUUCUGUAUGGGUUUUAUGGAUUUGUGUAUCACAGUGGCAACCAAUUAGAAUAGGAUUAGUAGCAGUGCUUCUUAACAAGGUGAAUAAGCGGACUGUGUGCUCUGGCUUGGUUUCCACACAUCUUUAGACAGUGACGUAUCCCUUAGUCACUCUGUUAUUAAACCUGCUGUAUUUUUCUGUUCAACACAGUCACAAACCGUGGCGAUUCCCUAGUCAGCGACAAAGAAUUACUACUCCAGAAAAACAAACCAUGGUUCUUGCUACCAUUAGCCAAGUUCAUCAGUUGUUCACAUAAAUAAAACAUGUCAUUUUAUCAUUAAAACUGGAAUGAAAUAUAGCAGACUCUUCCAAUCCAAACCUGAUGCUGUUCCGAGUCCUGUACAAUCCUUUUAAAAGUUUGAAACACCUUCGAGAGCCCCCCGUUGGCCACAUGGAUGCUUUAGAGUUUUAAAGUCACCAGGAUAUGAUGACUGCAGAUGAAAUGGAUAUACCAAGAGAAUCUAAAAGAACAGGAACUGUACAUGAAACAAGCGAACUGCGAUAUCAUACCCAUACCAAGUUACUCUUUAUUUCAGACUGUAUUAUAACUAUUUCCUGUAUCUCGUGCCUGAUUUUACUCUUAUAAGCAAAUAUUUUUA